GGUUUUCUAGUUGAGCGGUUCGGUCGAAAAGUCUGGUCGGAAAAACACAUCGAAGUGCUAGCGAUACCCUGAAUGGAGUAAGCGGAUUUCAAGGAAAUACUUUGGAAUAACACCAAUUCGAUCAAGUUUGUGAACAAUCAGUUAAAUCCAUUUUCAUCCUAUUUUGCUGUUGUGCAUGGACUUUCUGGUGUACCCUGUUGAAACAAUAUGAACCACCUGAGAAUAGACUCGCUGCCGGACCCGGGCAAUCGGUACCAGCUGGGGGAACUGAUAGGUUCCGGUAUCGCGGCCAAAGUCUACAAGGCAACAGAUACCAAGGCCAGCAACAAGAACGUCGCCAUCAAGAUCCAGAAAUAUGAAUCCGACGUUAAGACUGCUAUCCAGGAGGAGUAUCGCAUUUUGAGGGAUCACUCCAAUCAUGGAAAUUUGUUGGACUUUUAUGGGGUGUACAGGAAGAAGGUUCCUGGUGAAGCGGACGAAAUAUGGUUUGUUUUGGAGUACUGUGACCACGGUCCAGUUGUGGACAUCAUUCGGAAGAUCCACGUCACUAACCGGAAGGUCAGCGAGGAACAGAUUGCCUUCGUCCUGCGGGAAACCGUAAAGGCGUUGAUUUUCCUGCACGAAAAUCACAUCAUCCAUCGUGACGUUCGAGGCCACAACAUCCUGAUGACUAAGGAUGGGGAGAUAAAGCUGUGCGAUUUUGGCCUUUCGCGUGAUGUCAAAUCAACGCUGGGAAAGCGAGGAACCUGUGUGGGUUCACCCAACUGGAUGGCUCCCGAGAUUAUCACCAGCUCGAAGAAUGAAAACGAAGCCUACGACAAUCGCUCGGAUGUGUGGGCUUUGGGAAUCACGGCCAUCGAGCUGGGUGAUGGAAAACCUCCGUUUGGAGAAAUGCACCCUACCCGGACCAUGUUCCAGAUAGUGAGAAACCCUCCGCCGACUUUGUAUCGACCAGCAAACUGGACCCAGAACUACAACGAUUUUAUCACUGAAUGUUUGGAGAAGAAUCCUGACCAUCGACCAUUUAUGAUGGAAAUUGCUGAACAUCCCUUUCUGACUCAACUGCCGGAAAAUGACUAUCAUAUAAGUCAGGAGCUCCGGAUGCUAGCGGAAUCGAUUGUGGAUGUUCAUAUUGUGCCGAAGGACGAAAUAAAGCUCUACAAGGGAGCCCUGAAAAUGGCCGAGAACCGCACCGAAAAGAUGCACGUUGAAGAUUUGGCAGCACUGGAGGUGCUCUCGGAGGAAACCAUACUGGAUGAGCUGAUUCAGCGGUUCAAAAAUGGUUCCACCUAUACCUUUGUCGGAGAUGUGCUGGUAUCGAUGAAUCCCAACCAACCGGAACCGGAUUAUGUUCGCGGGUUUCAUCAAAAGUACCAAUCGAAGUCCCGUUCGGAUAAUGCUCCGCAUAUUUUCGCUAUCGCUGACAGCGCCCACCAGGACAUGUUGCACCAUGAGGAGCAGCAGUACAUCAUCUUGUCCGGGGAAAGCUAUUCCGGUAAAACGACUAACGUCAAGUUGUGCAUGAAGCAUUUGGCCUUUCUUGGGGAAGGAAAUCCGGGAGUGGCGCAGCGUAUCGAUUCCGGGUAUGAGGUAAUCUCAGCAUUGAUCAAUGCUGGAACACCGCUAAAUCCUAACUCGACCAGAAGCAUCCUGCAGAUUCAAAUGUGUUUUGGACAGACUGGAAAGCUGUCUGGAGCUAUUUUCUGGGUUUAUCUGUUGGAAAAACUACGCAUUUCAUCUACCAACAUGAACCAGUCCAACUUCCACAUAUUCUACUACUUCUACGACGCCAUGGAAUCGGAGCACCGGCUACGUGAGUUCUCGCUCGAGGGUGGGCGUAACUAUCGAUACCUGCGCAUACCGGAAUCGAGCGAAGGUUCGAAGCUAAAAUAUGUUCGGGACGAUACAUUCGGGAACGUUCAGGCGUUUAAAAAACUCGAGCAGUUACUGCUCGGACUAGAGCUAACGCAAGAACUGCUCGAUACCGUUUAUCGUACGUUAGCUGCCAUUCUAUUGCUGGGGGAGAUUCGAUUCAAGGAUAAUGACGGUGUAACGGAGCUGGAAGAUUUUGAAGUUGUCCACAAAGUAUCCAAUCUGCUGAAAUUGGAGGAGAAAAAGUUCCAGUGGGCUCUGCUCAACUAUUGCAUCAUUGUGCGGGGAUCGGCCGAGAGAAGACGUCAUUCACCAGAUGAGGCGCGAGAUGCCCGCGAUGUGCUAGCGGCCACAAUUUAUACGAGGCUGGUCGAUUGGCUGAUCAAUACCAUCAAUCACAAACUUUCUUUCGGACGGGCGAUCUAUGGCGACCAACAUUCGAUUACCAUCACAGAUCACUUCGGCUUCGAGUGCUUCCAUCGCAAUCAUCUUGAUCAGCUGGUAGUAAACUCCCUCAACGAACAGAUGCAAUAUCUCUACAACCAGCGUACCUUCAGCUACGAAAUGAUCGAACAGGAAGAAGAACAGAUCCCAGUCGUUCAGUUACAUUUCUACGACAACAAACUGGCGGUGGAUCAUCUGAUGAACAAACCUAAGGGUAUUUUGAGUUUCAUCGAUGAUGCCAGUCGGGGUCGGCAUGGACAAAAUUAUAUCAUCGAUUCGGUGCAUACGAACAACAGUCCCUUUAUCAAGCGAGUCAGUGGAAACGAAUUCUCGGUGGCUCAUUACACCGGUAAAGUGACUUACGAUGCUCGGGAUAUGGCGGAUAAGAAUCGUGACUUCAUUCCUCCGGAAAUGGUGGAGACUUUACGUAACUCGACUGAGCCGGUUGUGAAGAUUAUGUUCUCGAAUCAACUUUCAAGAACGGGAAACCUUACGAUGGCUGCUGAAGAAGCACUUGGAGUUCAAUCGACCAAACCGUCGAAGAAGAAGCGAUGGGGAGCAGCAUUAGUGGCAGAAAAAACUAAGGCCAAGAAAAUGAACACGCUAUCUAGGGGUCAGUAUUCACAGGUCCAUAAGAUGCGAACGAUUGCUAAUGUCUUCAGGGCCACUAGCUUGGAGUUGAUUCGAAGUUUGGCUGUUGGACCCAAUAGCGGAGGAACACACUUCGUUCGCUGUAUCAGAUCAGAUUUGGAGUAUCAAGCUUGUGGACUGUCGAAAGAAAUGAUUCGUCAGCAGGUACGUGCUAUGGCUAUAUUGGAUACGGCAAAGGCUAGGCAGAAGGGAUACUCUCAUCGAAUUCCAUUCCAAGAGUUUCUUCGACGUUAUCAGUUCUUGGCUUUCGACUUCGACGAAGCUGUUGAACUGACCAGGGAUAACUGUCGGUUACUGUUGAUCCGCUUGAAACUUGAAGGUUGGGUUAUCGGAAAAACGAAGGUGUUUUUGAAGUACUACAACGUCGAGUAUCUCUCGCAUUUGUAUGAGACCCAGGUGAAGAAGAUCAUCAAGGUGCAAGCCAUGAUGCGUGCUUUCCUAGCGAAACGAUCGAUAGCUUCGAAGUUGAAAAAUCUUCACCGGGAAUCAGUUCGCAAGCGCCAGGUGGUUGAAAAUCCGGAAGUCGCGGCCACCAAGAUUCAAACGGCAUUCCGAGGACACAUGGCCCGCAAGAAGUACCGUCCAUUGAUCAACGACCGCACCGGAAAGCUGGACCCCGAUACGGCCGACUUUCUGAUGCCAUUCGCUUUUCGUUGGAGGAAGAAGUCCAUCUACCAAAUACUGCUCCAAUACCGUGCUGCAAGAUAUCAAGAUUUGGUCAACUUCUCCCAACAGGUCCACAUUUAUAACCAACGAAUUGUUGCAGGAGCUACCACUUGUAGCAACUGUGUAAUACUGGACAAGGUUGAUCCGACACAGCGUAGUAAGUCCUUGCUGGGACCAACACGUCCCUCGGUUUGGAAGCUUCCAUUCCGUUGGGACGAGGUUCCAUUCUUCGAUACAACCUACAUGUGCGACCCAUCGGCCGUGACUUAUCUGUACACCGGGAACGACUCGGAUACGGAAGACUGGGACGCACCACUUAGACGAAGGAAAAACUUGUCCUCCGAUAUCACCCGGUCGGCACAACGUGGCUAUCCGAAUGAUUCGGCUGAUCAUAGUCUGGCUAAUGAACCGUUUCACCGAGAUCCAAGCUUACCGAUAAAGAAGUUAUCACCCAGACACAACUUGGAGUAUCCAGUACGAAAAUCACCUGUUCAUUCACCAGUCAAGAUGUCUCCGGUAUACUCCCCGAUGCCUUACGCCCGGCAGAGCGUCGACGACAUUCGCAAUCGAUUCAACUCGUGCAGUACCGAUGAUAUUAUGCCAAAAUCAGCUGUCUACAAGAAACGUCAAGCUCCGAAAGCCCCAAACGAUAAAGAACUGUCACCGCCUUUGAUAGAGAAUAAAGUCUACAAGAAACGUCCAGCUCCCCAACCAAGCAAGUCGCAAGACUUCGACACCGGGUACGGAUUCGAACGUAGUCUAACUCCAACGAAGAUAAACCCCAUCAAGGAAAUGCAACUGAUUGGUAAAAAGAGCUUAGAUGAGAACGAUAACUCCGAUGACGAACCACCGUUCAACUUCCAAGGAAUGCUACGGAAAACAAACUACAAGCGAGCUUCGAUGAAACGCAUCGGCAACGAUGGAAAGAUGACGUACUCGAACAUAGACUUUGAAGAUACAACGAACAACAACAAUAACUACAACUCGUACGGGGACAACUUCAAUCGAUCGGAACCAAACAUCGUGUACCAAAGUCGGCUCAACGAAAAUCGUCCACGAUCCUGUCAGGGACUGGAAAACAACAACGGAACGUCUACGCCGGCCAGGAAACUUUCACACGACAACAUCAUGUUCAACGAAGCUCGGGCAGGACCAUCGCGUAGCCGUUCCCCAACGCCCUACGACGACAACCGAAACAAAUACGUCCAAGAGGAAAUAGUUCCCGGUAUUUUCGUCGAAGGCUACGUUGAAGACUUGUAGACUGACUCCGGUGCGGGUUGGUGCAAAAUGUUCUUGUUAUAUUUGUUGAUUUGAAAAAUUUGUCGCAAGAUUAAAGCUCCUUACGUGUUUCAA